ACGGGACACGGGUGCGGUGUCUGUGUGCAUAAAAAUAAACAUACUAGUACCCUACAUUAAUGCAUGAACCUGCAAGAAGAAAAAUAUAACUGAAUACAUAUAAACAAAACCAGGCAACAGCGAAAAAUAUUCUUACAAUUAACACAGACGUAUGCUCGAACGGACUUCAAGAUAUUGCAUUUAUUUUGAAACUUUUUUCCCCCGCAAUAACUUUGGGCUCUUGACCGCUUCAACCGCGAGAGAGGCUCUUCGCUGGCUCACAUGUCUUGGUCUCGGUCGCUGCGUUCACAGCUGAAGCUGAAGGACGUCACGUUAGCAGCAGUUAUCUUUAUGCUCCCUUAAUGACUUCUAAUUCGAUUUCAUGCGGGAAAGGGAGUCUUUUGCGCUUGGACACAAACCCGGGAGUCCUGUCGGAUAUUCAGAAGCGAAUGAAAGUGACCGUGUAUUUUUUUGACACUCUGACGGACGCAAACACAGACUUGCCGAGUGUUGGAGCUGCCGCAGCAACUCGUCACGGAACGUAAGAGCGCGAGGCAGACAGACCUUCCAAGGAUGACUCUAGGCACGGAUAUGUCCGACAGUUCUGCCUUGUCCGAGGAUGUGGACAUAGACGUGGUCGGGGGGGACAUCGCUGUGGGCAAGGACGGGAAAUACCUGCACCACCAUCACGACUUCCACUUGGACAAUGACUCUGACGACAACCUGUCCCAGAACGCAGGUGAGAACGCCUCUUCGCCGGGCCUGAGCAGCUCCGAGGGUCAGACUGACCAGAUCGGGAUGGGAGGCGAAGCCGGAGGAGGAUCAAUGGGUGCGGAGAAAUCCGGGAAAAAUGCGCUGGUGAAGCCGCCUUACUCCUACAUCGCCUUAAUCACCAUGGCCAUUCUGCAGAGUCCCAAGAAACGCCUGACGCUCAGCGAGAUCUGCGAGUUCAUCAGCAACAGGUUUCCCUACUACAGGGAAAAGUUCCCGGCAUGGCAAAACUCCAUCCGGCACAACCUGUCCCUCAAUGACUGCUUUGUCAAAAUCCCCCGCGAGCCUGGCAACCCAGGAAAAGGCAACUACUGGACACUGGAUCCGGAGUCCGCCGACAUGUUCGACAACGGGAGUUUUCUGCGCCGGAGGAAACGUUUCAAAAGGCACCAGUCAAACGAGAUCCUUAGGGACCCCGGGGGAUUCUUGCCGGGCUUUGCUUACGGUCCCUACGGUUACAACUAUGGUCUUCAGUUGCAGAAUUUCCACGCUCAUCAUCCGUAUCCCUCGCAUCAUCCUGCGAGCGCUUUCCCUUUUCAGAACCCGCAGUGCGCUCUCCCUUCCCCGGCAUCAAUAUUCCCGACACCGCAUCCUCUCCCCUCGCUCUUAGGGGCCGAGUUGAGGAAGCCUUUCUACCCACAACUCAGUCCGACUCUGCCGGGCUUGGCACCUCUUAAAGCGGACGCCAGCACGCAAAGUCGGCCCUCCUUCUCUAUAGACAAUAUAAUCGGCGGAGCCAACUCUCCGGCCUCGCCUUUCUCCGCACAGCCGGGCAACCAGGCGCAGAUCCUGGCGAUGCUCACGCCGGCGCUCGCCUCGGCUUCUAACCACUUGAAUCUCUCGCAGGAAACCAUGCUGCAGUCGACGGGGGCGCAAACCUUCUCCAGCAAAACUACAAACCUUAGCGGUUGUCACUUCUAAUCAGGCAAGAAAAAAAGCACAGAUAUGCUGUAAACCCCAUUAAGGUUUUUUUCGACAUAUGCGAAGGUAGGAUAAACAUUCUUUGCGACACUAAAAGCAUUUAUUCUUCCCCUGGUGUUUCCGUUGACGUGAUCCAAGGAAAAAAGAGAGAGCAACUUCCGUAAAAUAUAUUUAUGACCUGUAAAUAUGUAUAAUGCAAAGGGAAGAAGCCUAUUAAAGUCACAUACAAGAAAAAAAAAACUUUUAAAUUAAGUAGCUAUGGGGUGCAGAAAAUGGACACAGGCUUUUCACUUAGCUGUUUCCUGAGGCCCUAUAUUGACCAGAAGACAGACUGGCUAUUUUGUAAAGAAAAUGUAGUUUAAAAGGUUAAGCAUCUCGCUCACUAGGAAUUAUUUUUUUGACGGCUGACAACUAUUGAGAUUAUUAUUAUCGUUUUAUAUAUUUCUGUUGAGUUUGUGAAACAGCACUGUUCUGACCGAGGCCUAAAACUCAGGUUUUUAAUUGUUUUUAAAGCACAUUGCCAGAGACGGUGGGGGUUGUAAAUACAAACUAUAACAUUUCCCACUAUUCCCCCUUUCUCUUUACAGCGAUGUUUUGGUGAAUUUGUAAUUAUUAUUAUUAUUAUUUUAUGUGGUCAAUAGACAAGUACGUGGUUUUGGUGUAAAGCGCAUUACCUCUCAUUCUGUUCAAUUGUUGUGCAUACGUUCUUAUCUAUUUCAUUGAAAAUAAUCUGUGAAAAUGUUGUUAUAUGUAAAGAAAGCCAGACAAAAAAAAAAAAA